AUGUACGUAGCAUAUUUGCGUGACUCUUAUAGUGAUUAUAAUAAAUGUUAUUCGUGCAAUACAAUCCUACUCACUGGCAGUAACUCGGUUGCACAGGGUAAUUUGGCAGUACUUUUCAACGCUACUUCAGCGAAAUCAAGUGAUGACCAUCCUCUCAAGGCCAAUGUACCUAAUUUAUGGUGUCAAGCAAUAUUGAACGAAACUCAACAGUUGAUACCCAUCAGAGAAGCUCACUUUGUACGAGAUUUGGAUAAGGAAAUUCUCCCUGCGAUUGUCAUCAAUCAGUCACGAGCAUUUUUGGAAUUUGGGAACACAUCAGUUUUGAGUGUAGGACGAUAUCGCUGCGAAAUUACAACCGAAGAGAACGAAUUAGUAUGGGGAUGGUUAUUCGUAAAUAUGCGCCCCGUCUUCCAUGUGAAUCAUUCGAAGACACUGGAUGCAGUAGGAGACAAUCAUUUCCGCGUUAAAGCUUCCGUUCUGAGGGCAACGGAAGGCGAAACAGUAAUACUAAGUUGUCCUGUACGAGGCUUUCCAGAACCAACCACUCAGUGGUAUAAAAAUGAUGUACCUGUUGCGUCGACGGAGCAGAUAACCUUCUUAGAGAAAGACCUGCAAAUUGCGAAAGUUGAAUUUGAUGAUGAAGGAAUUUAUUCAUGUGUUGCGCGAAAUUCAUUUCCUACAUAUUAUGAAGGCGAAAGUAUCCUGUGGGAAUCACGACUAGAUCGUGAACUUAAAGUGAAAAGCUCAUACAGAUGGGUUUAUCCACUAGUAAUUAUCAUCAUCAUGUUGUUGUUGUUAUUCAUCAUCAUCUAUGCAUGCUCGGCUUUCAAUCGUUAUAAAACAUACAAUGUUGAAAAACGCGAAAGACGGAAGAAGCGACUAAUGAAUCAGAAAUAUAAUGAAAAUAUGUCACAGCAGCAACCAAUCUUAGGUUAUAAUAACGAAUUGGAAUAA